UAGUUUGCCAUACUUAGAUUUUACAAAGGAAAGGCCUUAUAAAAUCCACAUCCAAUAAGUUGGAACGUAGUUUUGUUGGUUUAUUAUAUAUUUUUCCGGUAAAAAUGAAACAUUUUUGUGUUUUAAUGAUAUUAGUCCUUGUAAAUGUUUUGGCAGUUACAGAAAUUGUCUAUAAGAUGCAUGUAUACAAAACAAACUAUAUGCUUGGUCAAAUACGACAAGGUCAGGUGGACGAACUAGUCCAGAGUUAUGUCUGCUCAGGCGUUGAGAUUUCGACUUUGACUUUGUUGUUGGCCGCGCCAGAAAACGCACGCAUUGACGCGAACGGACAUUAUCGACAAGAUGUGGUAGACGAAGAGCAAACAAUACAGAUAAGAAUAAGUGACUAUGCAAUGCUAAAUCCUAUUUUCCAGAACAUAGAUUUCAAUGACAUUGCUUUGUCGGAUAUGGGGGACACCAGAAGAAAUAUAACUGAGGCAGCUUUAAGACGUUUACUCGUGGAAGUCGAAAGUGAUCCCGAAAUUCCCAAGUUUGACGUACAGGAUACAUGUCGUUUAAUAGCGUUGUUCGUAACCGCUAAUGACCCAACUAAACGCUUAACUUAUUGCCUUGCCGUUGUACUCGACGAUUACCGUGACUGUCAUCUCUUUGACGAGUCAGAACAUAUUUUCAAGUACAGGAAGUUUCGCGAUGGUUACUAUGAAGUAUCGGGCAUUAAUAACAGACCAGGUGCCAAACUCACCUAACCUACAUAAUUGCAUGAAUCGCCGUUUUAUGUUAUGUUCAACGCUUUACAAUAUAAUAUAAUAUAGACAAUAAUAAUGACACUUUACCAAAUGAUUUUUACUAUGUACCUAUUGUGCUUGAUAUUAUCCACCGUUUAAAUUCAUAAUAAACAUGUUUUUCUCUAUUCA